AGGUUCAAAGUAAAUUUGGAAACUUACGGGAACCUUAAUUACAUCAAACAUAGCAUCAGAGGACACGAAUUUUGGUAAUCCAGCACUUACUCACCGAGAUGGCACUGUUAGAUGAAGACAGUGCAUUCCACUCUAACAUACCAGUACCAGUGGAUAUAAUGGUGGCUGUGGUCUACUCUAUUUUUGGUGUAUGUUCACUAUUCGGCAACAGCACAUUGCUGUACGUCUCCUACAAGAAAAAGCACCUCCUGAAACCUGCAGAGUACUUCAUCAUCAACCUAGCUGUUAGUGACUUGGGCCUGACUCUGUCCCUCUACCCUAUGGCGAUAACUUCAAGCUUCUACCACAGGUGGCUGUAUGGGAAAACAGUGUGCUCCAUAUACGCGUUUUGUGGCAUGUUGUUUGGCAUCUGCAGUCUGACCACUCUAACCCUUCUAAGCAUGGUGUGCUUUGUGAAAGUAUGUUAUCCACUCUAUGGAAAUAGAUUUAACUCUCUUCAUGGCCAUCUGCUCAUUGCCAGUUCUUGGGUCUAUGCCCUGCUGUUUGCCUGCUCCCCUCUGGUCCACUGGGGGGAAUACGGACCAGAGCCUUAUGGCACAGCCUGUUGCAUUGACUGGCGCCAGUCCAAUCAGCAUGUCACAGCACGGUCCUACACUGUGGCACUGUUCACCUUCUGUUACAUCCUUCCAUGCUGCGUUAUUAUAGCGUCCUACACAGGCAUUCUGGUCAAAGUGCAUGCAUCCCGCAGAAAUAUGGAGCAGCAUGCAACAAGGCGGACACACAUGAGCGGCAUUCAGAAAGUUAUUGUUAAGCUAAGUGUUGCUGUCUGCAUCGGCUUCCUUGCAGCCUGGAGUCCAUACGCUGUGGUGUCUAUGUGGGCUGCCUUCGGACACAUUGACAACAUCCCUCCAAUGGCAUUUGCCAUGCCAGCAAUGUUUGCCAAGUCCUCCACCAUCUACAACCCAAUCAUCUACUUAAUGCUGAGGCCCAGUUUCCACAGUGUGAUGUGCAGUGACCUGGGUACUCUAUGCCACGCCUGUGUGAAGGGCUGCCUCUGUUUGCUCACGUUAAAGGACCACAGCUGUGUGAGGUGCGCGGAUGCUUUCGAAUGCUUCAGACACUACCCUCAAAUGUGCACAAACCCUGUAGCCAAUGUAGACUCUUCUAAAGAUCAAGACUCUACAGUUCCCCAAACACAUAGGCAGAAGACUCAAAGAGUGUGUCACAAGAAGUCCCUGCUGUCCACCAUGUGUGCAACUAAGACUUCAGAAAUGGACAACUUCCAUAUUAAUUUAGAGAUGGUUCCGGGGCAUGCAAGGGUGGCUUGGCCCUGAUAUUUCACUCAAUUGUUGUUGUUUACAGAAUAUCUCUGGACAUAUUUCACAGGUUCUUUCAGGAAAUCUUGUUCAGGAAUGUACCAUAAGAGUUUUUGAAGAGCAGCCACUUAUUUUCACCCACUGUGAUGUAUUCUGGCCAAUAUGGCACAAAAACAGUUUUGAGGUUAAAUGUAGCUGGAGGGA